AUGUCUCUCUUCAAGGCACGAGACUGGUGGGCCUCAGUGCUGGGCCAGGGGGAAGAGUUCGACCAGGGCUGUCUGUGUGUUGGUGAUGUGGACAACACCGGCAGUGGAUACGAUAAAGUAGUGGUGGGCAGCUACAUGGGAAUGCUGCGAAUCUUCUCCCCUCAUCCCUCCAAACCAGGGGAGCCCUCUGAGGCCGAUGCCCAGCUGCUAGAGGUGCAACUCCGCGAGCCUGUUAUCCAGGUUGAAGUGGGCAAGUUUGUCUCGUGCUCAGAGCUGCUUCACUUGGCUGUACUGCAUCCCAGAAAGCUGUCUGUCUAUUCAGUCUCAGGAAUGGCUGGUAAUGUUGAGCAUGGCGAUCAGUAUCAGAUGCGUCUGGUAUAUGAACACAACCUGCAGAGAACUGCCUGUAACAUGACCUACGGCCCGUUUGGUGGAGUCACAGGUCACCAUUUCAUCUGUAUCCAGUCUAUGGAUGGAAUGCUCAUGUUCUUCGAGCAAGAGACUUAUGCUUUUGGUCGCUUCCUGCCCGGAUUCUUACUGCCUGGUCCCCUCAGCUACUGCGCCCGCACCGACACCUUCAUCACCGUGUCCUCUGCCCGUCAGGUGGAGAGUUACAGGUAUGAGACACUGGCUGUUGCUACGGAUGCAGACACGAGACACGACUCAGAGCAACAGAGCAAGAGCUCAGGGAAGCGGCUGAUGGCUGACUGGACUUUCGUCUUGGGAGAGCAAGCCUUGGACAUCUGCAUUCCCACCUUCUCAUCAUCAUCAUCCUCCAUUUACGUUUUGGGUGAAAGGAACCUGUACUGCCUCAAAGACAAUGGGCAGAUCCGUUUCAUGAAGAAACUAGAGUACAAUCCCAGCUGCUUCUUGCCCUAUGCCACAGUUGCUGAAGGGACGACCAACAUUCUGAUGGGUAACCAUAACAACAUGCUCCUGGUCUACCAGGACGUUACGCUGAAAUGGGCAGCCCAGUUGUCCUGUGUCCCCGUGGCUGUACGGGUCGCUAACUUUCGGGAGCUCAAGGGUUUGGUGGUGACCCUGAGCUCAGACGGUCAUCUGCAGUGCUCUUACAUGGGCACGGAUCCCUCCUUCCUCACCGCGCCCAGGGUGGAUGCCAGGGAGGUCAACUAUGAAGAGGUGGAUGCUGAGAUGAAGAGACUGCAGAAGGUCAUUCGCGAGGCCACAAAGACUCAAGAUAUCCUCCCAAAAGGAGAAAUGGAGGAUGAUUUGACUGUGACAGCCACUGUCUCCUCCAAUGUGGAUGAUGUUUCGCAAGCGCUCAUGCCAGAGAUGAACGGCUUUCCCGUGCCCUCCGUCACAGUGAAGGUAAAAGUCAAAAGCCGUCACGCCGUCCAGAACCCGAAGAUGACUGUUUGUGUUCAGACUCCCCUCGCUAUAACUCAGGAGCAGUUUGCAUUAGAUUCUCUCGUUGGCGGUACGCAGACAGUGGUGACGUUUUCUGCCUUCCUGAAUGGUGAUUACCCUCCAGCAGAUCUGACAGGAGACAUAGCAGUAUCUUAUGGCUCUCCUACAGAACUCAACCCUGCAGGAGUGCCACGGGUGGCUCAGUGUAAAUUCACUCUUCCUCUCUGGCUGGUUUGCUGCCCCUGCUCACCUGCCAAGAACGCCAAGUACAAGAUCACUGUGGACACCAACAAACCACCCAUCAACCUCAAUGAGGUCUUCCCAGAAUUUUUGGACAAGUCUGCGGAUAAAGAGGGAAAUUCUCUGGCCUUUCAGUUUAUUACUGGGUCCAGAGUUACAGUGCUGGCCUCCAAAACAUCACAGCGUUACAGGAUUCAGAGUGACUGUUUUGAAGAUAUCUGGCUGGUUGCCAAAGAGCUGGUUCAGCGUUUCGACUGGCACUUUGCCAAACAGGGAGUCAAAGACUUCCGCAACAGCUUUGCCGGGCCCAUCCCGCUGCCUGAGUACUUUGAGACGGUCGACCACCACUUUGAGCUGCGUGUAAAUGCAGAAAAGUUCCAGGACCUCCUGUCAGAGAGGGCGAUCCAGUUCAGGGCCAUUCAGCGCCGUCUCCUGACCCGCUUUAAGGACAAGACUCCUGCUCCCCUGCAGAACUUAGACACACUGAUGGAGGGCACGUAUCGGCAGGUUAUAGCGCUGGCGGACGCGGCAGAGGAGAAUCGGGCGUGUCUUUGUCGAGCGUUCGCCCGGUUACGCAGCGCCACUCACCUUCUCAUUCUUCUGGUGUCACUGUGGCAGGGACUCAGCUCAGAGCAGACUGCCAUCCUGGAGGCCACGCUUCUGCCCCUACUGCAGGACACACCGCAACUGGGCUGGGAAGAAAGUGUGGACGCGGCCGUGUCUCACCUACUGAGGACGUGUCUGUCUCGCAGUCCUAAAGACCAGGCUAUGAGUUUGAGCCCCAGUCAGCUGACCAUGCCCAAGGAUACAGUGCGACUGAAGAAACACAUCACGCUGCUGUGUGACAGACUGGGCAAAGGCGGUCGGCUGUCGCUCUCCUCCGAGGCCAACGUGCAAACUCCGGUUAUGAUGUCAGGAGCCUUUGAGCCCAUAGCUGAGGCUGAACAGGAAGAAGCACCUCUGCAGCAGGAGUCAGUCGCCAAGUUCAUCAAGAAGAAGCAGCCCUCCAAGAAGGUGAAGAGCAAGACAGAUUCAUCCAAAGAACCAUCAAAGAAAGAGAAAGACUCAGGGAAGGAAUCUACUAAGGAAAGCAAGACAGACUCUGCGAAAGAGCCUGCUAAGGAAUCAGUAAAGGAACCAAAGAAGGACUCAACAAAAGACAAGGAGUCUUCAAAGGAGCCAAAAGAAUCGAAGAAGGAUUCGGUGAAAGAGUCUUCAAAGGAGUCAAAAGAAUCAAAGAAGGAUUCGGUUAAAGAGUCUUCAAAGGAGUCAAAAGAGUCAAAGAAGGAUUCGGUUAAAGAGUCUUCAAAGGAGUCAAAAGAAUCAAAGAAGGAUUCGGUAAAAGAGUCUUCAAAGGAGUCCAAGAAAGAGUCCUCUAAGGAUAAGGACUCAACAAAGGAAUCAGGAAAAGAGUCUGCAAAGGACCCUGGGAAGGACAAGGUGAAGGUGGCAAGGAAGACAUCAGUAAAAGUCAAAGAGAAGAAAAAAGAGCCAGAGGCAGGAGAUGGCUGA